UACCGCUCCGCGUGUCGGGGGUGUCUGUCUGGGGAAGAGCGUGUGGGCCGGCACGCGCGGGCUCCUUUUUGGUUGCCUCUCUGCGGAGAGACGCCUGCCCUCGGGAAGAGGGGCCAGGGGCUGAGGCGGAAAUAACCGUGCCGCCACGCCGGAGGCUGUUGCGGGCCUCCCGGCCGGCGCCCCACCCUGAACACAGCUCUCGGGCACCGCUGAAGGGCGGCCCACCCGCGUCUUCUUCACACGGCUCCCCUUGGAGAAGCGGCCCUGCCACCUCCCAGAGGCCAGGGGAGACCAGAACACAGUCAGAGACGUUCUGUGCCGCGGGCACCUAGCACACACCCCAUUUCUCACUCACUCUUAAGACCCCGAUUGUAAAUGCUGGACUUUGGGAGCUUUUUCUCUUGGCAAGACUGGAUUCAGAAAUGGACUCAGAAACCAAGGAAGAAGUCCCUUUGCUUGAGGAAUUUGUUCUCUGUGGUGGAAUUGAAACCCAGGUUCUGAAAUGUGGACCCUGGACUGACCUUUUUAAUGAGCAAAGUAUCAAUAGGCCUAAACUGCUUAUUGUCAUUAUUCCUGGUAACCCAGGUUUCCCUUACUUUUAUAUAUCAUUUGCAAAAGCAUUGUAUUCCUUGACUGGCAGAUGCUUUCCAGUUUGGGUUAUUUCUCAUGCUGGACAUGUAUUGGCCCCUGCAAACAAAACGACACGUUCACCUUCAGAAGAUCCAAGUGCUCAAGAAAUUAAGGAUGUCUAUGGGUUGAAUGGCCAAACAGAACACAAACUGGCUUUUCUGAAAACUCAUGUGCCAAAGGAAAUGAAACUUAUGCUCAUUGGCCAUUCAGUAGGCUGCUAUCUUGCUCUUCAGAUCUUGAAGCAAGCCCCUGAGCUCCCAGUCUUUCACACCUUUCUGCUGUUCCCAACAAUUGAACGAUUAUCUGAGUCACCCAAUGGUAGGAUUGCCACUCCAAUAUUGUGCUGGCUUCGCUAUGUAUUCUACGUUCCUGGCUACUUUGUACUUAAACUGUGUCCUGAGAUAAUCAAGUCCUUGGUGAUCAAAAUGAGCCUUCAUCUCAUGAACAUGAAGCGUGAAUGUUUGCCACAAGAAAUAUUACAGCCGUUCUGCUUCGCUAAUGCUGCCUACCUUGGAGCCCAAGAAAUGAUGCAGGUGGUGAAGAGAGAUGACGAAACCAUAAAGAAUAAUUUAUCCAAGCUUACAUUCUACUAUGGCACAGUGGAUGGUUGGUGUCCAGUAAAAUACUAUGAAGACAUCAAGAAAGAUUUUCCAGAAGGAGAUAUUCGACUCUGUGAGAAAAAUAUACCUCACGCUUUCAACCUCGAUUUCAGCCAGGAAAUAGCUGUCAUAGUUGCUGACUGGCUAAAGGAUAAUCUGUCCAAAAUAUAAAAACUGACGCAGAAAUGAACAUCUAUGGGCAGUAUGUGAAACAGUAGGUGUCCUAUGCUUAAGAUGUAAAUGUUUGAUUUUAAUGUUUGAUAUUAGAAAAGGAACAUGUGAGCACCACUUGGCUUAAAAUCAAUCAGGGAGCACACACAGUCAUUUAAAUGACUUCCUUUGCACAAGAUAGCCAGUGGCACAAUAUAGUGGAUUGGGGCCAGCAGGAUCCUUGAAGGAAAAAGCUAAAUAUAGGUGGCUUUGAGCUUCCUUGCAGAAUAGACUCUCCUGGAAGAAACCUUGAAAUGCCUACUAGCAAAUGGAAAAGAGAUGAGUGGAUCUGAAGUGCACAGUCUGAUAUGUGAAGGGCAUGGGAUCAUGACAAGGGCAUACUUCUGUUCCCAUAGCAGGAAGUGGACUUGGGUUUCCUUUAAAGACAGAAGAUGAAAAUUAGCCCAGACUAAUGGUGUAUAAUCCUUGUUUGACUUCAUGCUUUUCCUGAUUUGACCGAUAGUCAAGUUUGCCAGACAUUUGGCAGACAUUACUCUGGUCAACUAACCAAUGCUGGAUCCCAACUCUGCCUCCUGCUGCAGGGCAACCAAUAAGCAGGCUCCAGGCUUAGCCUUAACCCUCCAUGACCCUCCUGAGCCAAGCAAGGAGGCAUGGGGCUGUCCAGAAUCAGACUUACAUGGCCAGCCAUGCAGUUGCUGUGUCUGUGAUUCUUGCAGUAACGCUCAAUUGAAGACCAGACACAAGCCAAGUACUUACUAUCCUAGUCAUUAAUGCUGAUGUUCUUACCUACUUCUGAAAAUGUCUUAGUAACUUCCUGAUAGAUGUUAUAAAUUGCUGAGUUAGUCAUGUAAAUUGGUUCUCCAUUUGCAUUAACUUUGUUAGAAAUCAUUUCGCUAAUGAAUCCAAGUAUUAGCUAUUAAAUUUUGUGAAUUCGCCCUUCCUGGACACAUUAAGUGUAGUAGAGAAGAAGCCUCUCUCUGGCUAGGGAAGGGCCAACAGUAGUGCUGCCUCCCUAAACUGACUCAAUACUGAGACUUUCUGGGCCAGCAAAUCCCAUCAGCUGCAGUGCGCAGUGACAGUUGAUGAUCAGUCAGAAACAUUCCAUUUCCUCCCAAAGGAAAAGCUCUCAUGCUUCCUCAUUCCUUCCUUCCAAACCAAAAGCCCCCUGAUGAACCAUUCCGCCCUGGCGAUAUGCUGUCCCCCAGGCUUCAGCAUGCUUCAUGUCAAAGGAACUGGCUUCUCAGAAGGAAGAAACCACACCUGAGAUCAGAAGUGCUCUUGUCCCAGGGAAAGAGUCACGAGGUACUCAGGCCACAGCUCCAGAGCUGCCUGAGUCCUUCUUGGUAUCCUUAUGGGAGGCCAGGGAAGCUGACAUUGGAAGCUGGGACUCACGUCUGAGAGGCUUGCAUACACAAGAGGCUUGAUAGCAUGAAACUGAUGCACAUAAACAAGUAUUGUUCAAUCUCCCACAAACAAGAGUCAUAUCCACUGCUGUUCUUUGACAGGUUAGUUGGCAUUACUCUCUAUUUCCAAGGUCUGCUUUAUGAAAUUGUAUCUUUUGUUCCUGAGAACUGAAGAGAUUCUGGCCCCUAAUUCCCUUUCCUCAUCUAAACACUUUAUUAAUUUUCAAAAUAAAUGUUUUAUCAGUA